AUGCCUCCGAAGAAGUCGACCGGCGGUGGCAAGAAGAAGUCGACUGCCUACCACCGACACAUGAAGGAGACGCUGGCCAAGCUCAAGACCGAGAAACCCAACAUGGAGCACAAGGAGCGCUUCAAGCAGGCCGCUCAUGCCUGGGCAACAGUGCCUGGCGGCAAGGAUGGCCGUGCUGCUGCCAUGUUUGAUCGCCACCGGCCCUGA